AAUACAAAAGUUCUUCACUACCCUUCUCAAACCCAUCAUCAAAGAGCUCUCAAUCCUAACCCCAAACCCUCUUGUGUACUAACACACCAACAGCUAAACAUAGAGAGAUGAAAGGCUACUGCACAUUUUGCUUCCUACUUCUUUCCCUUUCACUUCUUCCUCCACAUUUCGUCUCGGGAAGGCACAUCACGACCAGACCACACCACCAUCAUUCUACGAGCCAGGCAGCAAGAGAUGGGGCUAAUAGUAAGAAAGUGGAAGAAGCAAUGAGUUACUACAGAACGGAGAGGAGACCAGACACGGUCCAGAUAGCAGGGUCGAGCCUGCCCGAUUGCUCGCACGCGUGUGGGUCGUGCUACCCAUGUCGGCUGGUGAUGGUGAGCUUUGUGUGCGCUUCCUUGGAGGAAGCAGAGACAUGCCCCAUGGCUUAUAAAUGCAUGUGUCGUAACAAGUCCUACCCUGUCCCAUAACAACCUUAACUCUGGUCAUAUGCGCGCGCGAUCUAGAGAGAAGAGGUUACAUUACAGAUGUUUUGUUCGAGAAAGCUUCGAUGGAUGGACGGGCUCCAUGUUUUGCUGUUUCUUUUCUUCCUCUUUUUUUGACGUAUCAAGUGGGCUGUAAUAUAGUUGUACGUUCUUCGAGUUUUGUAAACUAGUAGUAUAUCGAUCUGUAGGCCAUGUGCUUUUUUCUGUUGUUUUCUUGCUUCCUUUUAUUUUCAAUUUUGUUCUCCAAACUCCCCCAUGCCUUGUGUAUUCAAUCAAAG